GCUACGUGCAAAUACUUCCACCGCCAUUUCUCGUUUUCCCACCCAUCAUCUUCCCAUGGACUCCUCAUUCUCCACUACCCCUUUCCGGUGCUUUGAUCCGUCCAACUUCCAUCCUCCGAUCACUAACCAAGGACACUACACAAGCUUCUCCUCGAGGUUCAAGUACUCCACGACUCCCAGAAUUAACGGUGGUGCCAGCAGCAUGGUGGUUACGACUAACUCCGAGCCGAAAAUCGUCACCGGGGAAGCUGGUUAUGAGCUCGAGGAUGUUCCUCACUUGACUGAUUAUAUCCCCGACCUCCCUACAUAUCCCAAUCCAUUGCAAGACAAUCCCUCUUAUUCAGUGGUUAAGCAGUACUUCGUGAAUGUUGACGAUACUGUUGCACAAAAGAUUGUUGUCCAGAAAGAUAGUCCAAGAGGAACCCAUUUUAGACGUGCUGGACCACGUCAAAAGGUUUACUUUGAAUCAGAUGAGGUGCAUGCAUGUAUUGUGACAUGUGGUGGUCUAUGCCCUGGUCUAAACACUGUGAUUCGGGAAAUAGUGUGUGGAUUAUAUUACAUGUAUGGUGUUACUAGAGUUCUUGGGAUAGAGGGAGGAUACAAAGGCUUUUAUGCUCGCAAUACAAUUUCACUGACACCGAAGGUUGUAAAUGAUAUCCAUAAACGUGGUGGCACCAUCCUUGGGACAUCAUUGGGAGGUCAUGAUACCACCAAGAUAGUUGACAGCAUUCAAGAUCGAGGCAUUAGUCAGGUAUAUAUAAUAGGAGGAGAUGGAACUCAAAGAGGGGCUGCUGUGAUAUUUGAGGAGAUUAGAAAACGUGGCCUUAAAGUUGCAGUAGCUGGGAUACCAAAGACAAUUGACAAUGACAUUCCGGUUAUAGAUAAAUCCUUUGGCUUUGAUACUGUUGUUGAGGAGGCUCAACGAGCUAUUAAUGCAGCCCAUGUUGAAUCAGAAAGCAUUGAGAAUGGUAUUGGUGUGGUCAAGUUAAUGGGACGCUACAGUGGUUUUAUAGCAAUGUAUGCAACUCUUGCAAGCAGAGAUGUGGACUGCUGCUUGAUUCCUGAAUCACCAUUUUAUCUUGAAGGACCAGGUGGACUUUUUGAAUAUAUAGAAAAGAGACUAAAGGAGAACGGACACAUGGUUAUUGUUAUAGCUGAAGGUGCUGGACAAGAGCUACUUUCUGAAAGCAUUCGUAUGGAGAAGCAGGAUGCCUCAGGGAACAGGCUACUUAAAGAUGUUGGUUUAUGGAUAUCUCAGAAGAUAAAGGACCACUUUGCUAAGCAGCAAAAGAUGGCUAUAAAUCUCAAAUAUAUAGAUCCUACUUACAUGAUCCGUGCUAUUCCAAGUAAUGCAUCAGAUAAUGUGUACUGCACACUCCUCGCUCAUAGUGCCAUUCAUGGUGCAAUGGCGGGAUAUACAGGUUUCACCGUUGGUCCUGUCAAUGGGAGACAUGCAUACAUACCAUUCUAUGUGAGUACUUAUGCCUUGCUUUCUUGAUGCUUUUGUCUCUCUUAAGAGAAACAUUUUAUCAGGAUUGUUAAUGGACACUUAAUUUUUAUCAGUCAUUUUAUUGCUAUUGUUUUAACAUUUAUUAUGGUAGUUUCAUCUUUACAAAUGCUUUAUUAUCUGAACUGGAGUUCUCGCUAAUUGUUCAAUGGUAUUGUUCAGAGGAUUACUGAAAGACAGAACAAAGUUGUAAUCACUGACAGAAUGUGGGCUAGGCUAUUGUCAUCCACCAAUCAACCAAGCUUCUUGGACC